CAGGAGGGGCUGUGAUGGGGUCGGGCUGUGCGGGGCUCCCCUUGCGCUGGGCAGGUGGGGAUGGCUCAGACCCGGGUGCCUGUGUUGGCAGCGCUCGCAGGGACGCGCACUGGGAAGUCUCGGGGGAGAACAGCGGUGGAGUGGCAGUGCCGGUCCUUGUAGCUGCCACUGCGUUCCCUACUGAUCCAUCUAGUCGGGCUUGUGUACGCCAUGGGUACCUGCAGUGACCGGGGUGGCUGCCGUGCUCGGCUGUAGCUUUAAAAGGUCACGUCUUUCUUAGUAAAGAGUCACAUAAUACUUAGUAAGCUUUUCCGGACUAAAUAAACACAUAGUAUCGCUUUGACGUUAGUCACAUUUUCCCGGCGUUUGCCAUUAUUUCUGCUGUGAAACGGGAUACAUACCUGCUGCUUUUGAAAUAACUUUAAUUAUGAUUUAGAAAUGGAUUUGUGCUGUACUUAGCAUGUGCAUUUUUAGAGGUUUUGUUGCAAAGUCCCAGCUUGGCUUUUCUACGUCGUGUACAUCUACUUUGUGAUCAUAAUGGGCCCGAAAGGCUGUGUGCUGUUGUGAGCUCACGUAGGGCUGUAGCUACAUGAAUUUUGUUCAGAUAAGGUAUUUCAGAGAUUGAUGCCCACUGAGUACAUCUCUCUUUCUCAGAAAUCUAUCGGGAGGAAUAGGUAAUUUUUAGUAUUUAGUAUUUAAUUACAUUAAAUAGUAAGUGUAUACAUAAAGUAUUCUCACGAUUUGAGUAUAGGUGUCACACCUUUUUCCAAAUUGUUUUUGUGUGUCGAGUAGAGGGGGCCCUUUUUACUCAAAGAUGUAUAAUUAGCAUCUUUCAGGAACAGUCCAAAGAGGAAGAAAAGAUGUUGCUGCUUAUUUAAUAUUUUUGACUGCAUUUUAGACAGAUGGUUGUUGUUGUUUUUUUCUUUGCUGAGGCAGGCUUUUUUGUUUUGGUCAUGUGAUUAUGAAACAGACCAGAAUUGGUACAAGCCCUAAAAUUUCCCUCUCUUAGUUUACUGACUGUUGUGCUUUGAGAAUAAAUUUUAUAUGCAUGAGUAUGAUAUCCAUUAUAAUACUUAACCUUUCAGGAGCUAACUUACAAUUAAUUAAGCUACAUUAAUGACUAAUUAAUUUCUUAAUGUAGAAAUGCUUGAAUUUAUAGUUAAGUGUCAUAUAAUGAAUAUUCAAGAAAAUGACAUGUACUUUUAAACUGGAAUUUAAGUUGUUACAUAAAACAGACUAGCUUCAUUAAUGUACUAUAGCUCAGAGAAAAAAAAAUUGUUUAUGUAGGAUACAUGGCUGGAUCUUACUGGAGACAUCCAUGGCCCACUUUUCUUCAAAGGUUAAUUUUCCAAAACAGGUCAAGUCUUCCACAAAACAGGAACGCCCUUGGGGAUGGAAACUACCUGUGCUCAGCAUAGAUGUCCAGUUGCCAAUUUAAGCUGUUGGUUUAUCAUGUCAUAAAUGCUAAUUUUCUUUCUGAACAGGUAUUUCCUUUAGUGUAUAACUUCCUUUAGGAGCAGAAAAACAGGAGUGCAUUGUAACCAAGCAUGUUGUUAACAUGGAGUCUGACACUUCCACUCUUUAGUUUCUGUGCAGCUUCAGAAAACUCACCUCCCAAGCACAGUAUGUAUGGAAAAUAGUGGUAGUUUCCAAGUGAAUAGUCAUUUUCAAGAUAACAUUGUAGGAUUAAACCGUUCCUUGUUUUUAGUGAAAUUUCACAUUGUUGCCUUAUUAGACUCUCCUUGAUGUCCUCAGUUUUCUGGACUACUGUGCUAUCAAAGACACCUUUGAUGGCUUUAGAAGAGAGGAAAACUUCCAAGUCUGGAACUGCUUCAUCAAUUACCUAUUGCUUUCUCAGUGCCAAGGAUGCAAAUUUGAUACAUUACUCAAGAAUCUAGAGCUUCCAACUCCUUUUUUCUUCUUUCUUUCCUGUCUUUGAGAUCUAUUGGCUAGGUGUGUGGAUUUACAUAAUUGAUUCUAAUCAGUUUGAGUACUCACAUUCCCCCUUGCUGGUGUGUUAAGUUUGAAGCUGUCUGGUUUGUAACUCAGAAUAUCCCUCAUAGUAACCAAGUGUUGCAGUGCCUGAGCUGGGCACUGUGUUGCUAGCUGGGAGGAUUGCUAUCUGCACACACCAGGGCUUGUGUAGUUUGGCUUAGGGUUGUUCAGGUCUAAAUUCUGACCUUUUAUUAUGUUAAAAAUAGUGAAUGACUCACUUCUUUAGAUGUGUUUUUACUUGUGAUUUGUAUGAAGCUGCCCUUGGAUGGAAAUAGGAUUUUGAUUUAAAGUAGUAUUUAAAGUUUGUUUUUUGUUUGUUUGGGUUUUAUUUUUUUUUAAUUAGUUAAAACUAGAUUAAAUAAGUUGAAUGUCCAGGGAGAUAGGUUUGGGUUGUUGGAUUUUUUUAUUUAUUUUAUUUUUUAAUUUUCUUCCAGACAUAUGGAAAAUGAAGUGUGUUUUUAAAGUGUGAAUUGGAGUUAGUAAAGUUAGAAUUUAAGAAGUAUUUGAUGGUUGAAGAUGCAGAUGGGAACCUGUAACACUUUCAUAGAUCUUUUACAUGUUUCCCACCAUUUUAUGGAAAGUUAGGCAUCUAAUCUGACAGACUAAUUAAUGGGAUUUUCAGAAGGAAUCAGAAUCUCUUAAAAAACUCCAAACAAAAGAUGCAUGUAUAUCUUUUUCCCUGCCUCUAAUUUGGGUAGAAAAUAAAUUAAUUUUUUUAAUAAGUCCAGUUGAAGAAUAUUAUGUCUGUGUGUCUUAUAUGUUUCCCUACCAAACUGGAAAUAGUCAAUAUACCUGUUCGUAGUGCAGCAUGUAUCAAUCAAUCUUUGCCUGACCUCAGAAAAUAAACAGAUUCAAGGAAGGCAAUUAAUAGCCUAUCCCAUAACUCAUUAACAUUUGAUGACUAAUUUUCUGAAUGGUCUCAUUCAGAUUUGAAGUACAUGAACAAGUGUUAACAAGCCACCUCAUUAAAAUUACUUAAGCAAAAAGGAAUAAUUACUUAAAAACAAACCCUCUUAUCAAGGUGUUACUUAAUGUUGCUCUGCAGCUUGAUAGGGAGGUGCUUUAUAUCACCUGGUGAUUACAUGGUUUCAUUUGCAGUGUAGCACCCUGUGGCCUUCCAGCAGCUACCUGCCAGUCCUGUUUGGGAUAGCUGCCUUCCAAGAAACAACCCAGGACAAAAUGGACACUCCAGUGACAUUUCUGAAGAGGAAAGUCUCAUUCCUAGAACUUGUAUUCAGGGAUUAUUUUUAUUCUGUCAGAAUUUCAGUUCAGGAUAUAAAGCUAACUUUAGCCAUUGAUCUUUUAUUCCAGAAAUGAGAAAUGUCCACUGCUGCAUAGUUAUUGGGACACCAGCAGACAGCAGUGCAUCUGUAGACAUUUCCUCAAGUCCACAGUUUUUCAUUUAUCUCAGAUCCAAUGACUGUGUGCCAGCCAGGCACAGAGCAAUGAGAGAGAUGUUGGGUUGGGACUGGCUAAGGCUCUUGCUUUCCUCCUUUGGAAGUCCAUGGCUCUGGACAAGCUGCUUUGUAUUUCAAUGUCUCAGUUUUUCAGCCUCAAAGUGAGGAGAGUAUCUCCUUUAAAAUAGUCUUGAACUCUCCAAAGAGGUGUGAGAGGUAAUCUUGGAUGAUUUUCCAGGCACUAAAUGAUGUUACUGCCACUUAUCCUAAUGUUUUGAACAGAUUCAAAUCUCUUGGGCAAAUGACAAUGUAAAUUAUGGCAAUUUUGGACCAGUAAUUCAGAGAUCCUUGAUGUAUUUGUUUCCAUUACAAGGGAAUGGGAUGUGAGUCCUGACUCUGUGACAAAUACAAAACUUUGUGCUUUAGUAAAUGGUUAUUGUUGGCAGCAAAACCCAGUGUGGAUGUGGAAAACAGGAAUCGUGUAUGUAGCAUGUUCCUACCAUGUGCACUUCCCUGGAGUACACGACAGAUGGUUUUCUGUAAACCAAAGGCUCCAGCUUUGUAAAUGUAUGGUUCAAAGGUGAUCCACAUCACAUGAAUGUUCUGCAACAGGAUUCCUGUCAUCUCCUCAAUCUUUUCUGCUAUUGAGGGUCGUACUCAAAUGUUCCAGUUAUUUAUAGUAAUUAAUUUCACAGUUUCAACAUGUCUUCUGCUGAACAGGUCUGCUUUUUCAGUUAUUGACUGUCAGCAGCUUUCUGCCAAAAAUGUCUUUAAUCUUACGAGCAGGUGUAUAUCAAUUCCUCCAUGGCAUCCUUGACUUGUUCUGGUACCUAAUGACUGAACCAGUGCAUAUUGGUUUUCUUUUUUUUUCCUGUUUCUGAAAAAAUAUUUCUAUUCUUUACAGUUACAUCAGAAAAGGAAGUUAUGGUAUCAAUGAGUUCUUUUGCUAAAGCUUUGUGUUACUGAUGCUCUGCCCGUACAGAGCUUAAUCCACCAGCUUGUAUUGUUCCUGAAACUUUACUCCUAAGCCAGGACAAACAAUGCUGUAGAGAGACUUGGGAUAGCAGCAGAGCCACAAGCUAUUUAUUGCUGUGGGCCUAGCACACGUAGGGAGUCUGUGUGUGUGUAGCUGUUUAAAGUUCAGUGCAGAGUCUGUCAAUGGAUUGGGUUGCAUGGUGAGCUUUCCCAGAGUAGCAGCAGGGUGGGCAGUAGUGCAGAGAUGAGAUGCACACUGUCUUGGUGGAAAGCAGCUGGGACCUGAGGCAGAAUGCUUUAGAUGGAGCAGUAUCUCUGUGUCCUCCAUGCAUUUAUGGUUUAGUGACUUCAGACGUUAGCUGGAAGGUGAAGGUCUGCAGUCAAGACUUGUGCCAGUAUCUGUUAUUGUAGCACACAGUGGUAUCUACUCCUUCCCCCAGGUAGCAAAGGCUUUUCUGUUUUCCUCAAUUAACUGCCUUCACCUCAACAGUCAGCAUUGGGCUUGACUAGUUGGGCUGUUUUGCAGGUAAACAACCAGGGAACACUAAGAGUUUGAGAAUCCUGUCUGUGUAUAUUUAUCACUGAAAAAGAAAAAGAUUGGGUGCACUAAAUUAGUAGUAAUUAAAGUGGCAUUAAUUAAGUAUAUCUGUUUCAAGUGAGUGAAUGUUGAAAGACAGCUGUUUCUGAAUUGUAUUACAGGCGGGGCUGUGUUGAAAUAGUAGAUCUUUGGUGUGGCUUGCAGGUAUUUCAACAGUCUUGGUCUUACACUAAAUUUUAUGUUUUUGUGUGGAAUUUAAGGAAUGUCAUUUCACCCAAGUUGUUUCUGCAUUCUCUGUUCAUCAUGAACUGUAGUGAUAGUGAUAUCUUAGACACAAGACAAACAUGUCCUGGCUGUUCCUGAGUUUUGGAAUGCAGAAGAACAUUGCAAGAUUAAAUAAAUCUGGAAGCAUUCAAAAGCUGUGGUACUCUGGUGCCCAUUAUGAUGGUAAUUUUACUGUCACAACUAUCCUAUUCUUAAUUAGGUUUUUGUGUUCAAGUGGAAGAUGAAAUAAAACCUGACCCUAUUUUUAAGAGGAGAAAUGUCCAAACAAGAUAAUAGACCUUGGCAGCCAUUGUAGGUGUUUUGAGCCUUGCUAUUCCAGCAUCCCUUUGCUCCUAUUUCCUUGUUUUUCUUUUCUCCUGUCUGCAGCAGUGAAGCUUACCUGGCUGUAUGGAAAUUACUCAGAAGGAAAAACAAGGGAAUGUGAAAAAUUAAUAGGUGAAGCCCUUCGCCAUGCAGCAGAUAAAUUUAAUAUGCAUUGGAAAUGUAGAAUUUUAGGGUUUUUUGUUUUGUUUGUUUUGGGGUUUUUUUUAAUCCUUAGUGCUAGUUCUGCUUCAUCUCCACUAGAAUAGCAAAGGUGAAAUAAACAGGCUGAUAAUGAUGAUGAGAGUUUAGCUGGAAAGUGAUGGAAUGUUAAAAUUACUGCAUUUAUCUUUUUAGUGGCCUGGUAUUGAUAAGCUUUCAGUAGACAAAAACAAAGAAGCAGAAAAACUUGCUGUUUAAUGUAGAAAUGGGGGGGAAGUGGCUAUCUUAUCAAUGGUUGAAUGAAAUUCACAGGUGUACUCAGUGGGAAAUCUGGGUAGUUCUUUGAAGAGGAAUGAAGUCUUACUGAAACUUGUUUUAACUCUCCAGCUUUAGGGGCUGUGUUGACAAAAUAAAGAAUUUUAGUUUGUGAGUUUAGGUCAUAUGAGAAUUAAUGUACAAACUCCUCUGCUUUUCAUUUCUGUUAGAUACCUUUGUUGUUUAAUUUUUUUUCUUAGAAGGGUUUUAUUGCAAGUAAUGAAGUAUUAAUUUAGAAAUCUUUAUUAGACAAUUACUUCUAAGAGGUAACUAUGAAAGGUUUUCCAAAAUGUGCUAAUGUGUAAAUUAAUUUUAUUUUCCUGCUUUCAGUCAGUCAAGUGCAGCCACUGAUCACGAGAUGUUACCACAAAAUCUACCUCAGACUUCACUUUUGUUCAUUCAGUUGCUGCGCCAUAGAUCUCAACGGGAGCUCUGCAGACAGUCCUGAAAGUCUCUGAACAGACUGGGACAUCAAGUCACAGCAUGAUGACCUAAUAGGAGGUCAAAGUCUGAAACAUUGAUUCAGCAGUUCAAGAUAACACUGCCCUUUUAUCAGUAUCACUUCUGAAGGCUACAGACCUCCUGCCAUUUCUUUCCUGGCUACUUCAGAAACACUCAGCUGACCUUUCUUUGGUGAAGAAAUCUUGACUUUUCUCUCUGGUCCUGGAAAUAUUAAUGGAAUACAGUCAUGUCUACCCAGGACGAGAGGCAGAUAAAUACAGAGUAUGCUGUAUCCUUGCUGGAGCAGUUGAAAUUCUUUUAUGAACAGCAGUUGCUAACUGACAUAGUGUUGAUUGUUGAGGGCACUGAAUUUCCCUGCCAUAAGAUGGUUCUUGCAACGUGCAGCUCAUAUUUCAGAGCAAUGUUCAUGAGCGGGCUGAGUGAGAGCAAACAGACACACGUACACCUGAGGAAUGUGGACGCAGCCACUCUGCAGAUCAUCAUCACUUAUGCAUACACGGGUAACCUGGCAAUAAGCGACAGCACAGUAGAGCAGCUCUAUGAAACUGCCUGCUUCUUACAGGUAGAUGAUGUGUUACAACGAUGUAGAGAAUACUUAAUCAAAAAAAUUAAUGCGGAAAAUUGUGUCCGUCUAUUAAGCUUUGCUGAUCUCUUCAGCUGUGAGGAGUUAAAACAGAGUGCUAAAAGAAUGGUGGAGCACAAGUUCACAGCUGUGUACCACCAGGAGGCUUUCAUGCAACUGUCACAUGAUCUACUGAUAGAUAUUUUAAGCAGUGACAAUUUAAAUGUGGAAAAGGAGGAGACAGUGCGUGAGGCUGCUAUGUUAUGGCUGGAGUACAACACGGAAUCCCGCUCGCAGUAUUUGUCCUCUGUUCUUAGCCAAAUCCGGAUCGAUGCACUUUCAGAAGUAACACAGAGAGCCUGGUUUCAAGGCUUGCCACCAAAUGAUAAAUCAGUGGUGGUGCAAGGACUGUACAAAUCGAUGCCCAAAUUUUUCAAGCCCAGACUUGGCAUGACAAAAGAGGAGAUGAUGAUAUUCAUCGAAGCUGCUGCUGAAAACCCUGGUAGUCUUUACUCUUCUGUCUGUUACAGCCCACAGGCAGAGAAAGUUUACAAACUCUGCAACCCUCCUGCCGACCUGCAUAAGGUUGGGACACUGGUAACUCCCGAUAACGACAUCUAUAUAGCAGGUGGGCAAGUUCCUCUGAAAAACACCAAAACCAAUCACAGCAAAAGCAGCAAACUGCAGGCUGCCUUCAGGACCGUGAAUUGCUUUUACUGGUUCGACGCGCAGCAGAACACCUGGUUCCCCAAGACGCCGAUGCUCUUUGUGCGCAUCAAGCCGUCGCUGGUGUGCUGCGAGGGAUACAUCUACGCCAUCGGGGGCGACAGCGUCGGCGGGGAGCUCAACAGGAGGACUGUGGAGAGGUACGACACCGAGAAGGACGAGUGGACCAUGGUGAGCCCCCUGCCCUGUGCGUGGCAGUGGAGCACGGCCGUGGCGGUGCACAACUGCAUCUAUGUCAUGGCGCACAACUUGAUGUACUGCUACUUCCCCCGCUCGGACGCCUGGGUGGAGAUGGCCAUGCGGCAGACGAGCAGAUGUUUCGCCUCAGCCGCUGCUUUUGGCGAUAAGAUAUUCUAUAUCGGAGGGCUGCACAUUGCCAGCAAUUCUGGGAUAAGGCUGCCCAGCAGUACUGUGGAUGGGUCUUCUGUAACGGUGGAGAUCUAUGACGUGAAUAAAAACGAAUGGAGGAUGGCAGCCAACAUCCCUGCCAAGCGCUAUUCCGACCCGUGCGUCAGGGCCGUCGUCAUCUCCAAUUCCUUAUGUGUCUUUAUUCGGGAGACCCACAUGAACGAGAGAGCCAAGUAUGCCACCUACCAGUAUGACCUGGAACUCGACCGCUGGUUCCUGAGGCAGCACAUAUCGGAGCGCGUGCUGUGGGACCUGGGCAAAGACUUCCGGUGCACUGUAGGAAAGCUGUAUCCAUCUUGCCUUGAAGAGUCCCCGUGGAAACCUCCAACGUAUCUCUUCUCGCCAGACGGAGCCGAUGAAUUCGAGCUGGAUGGGGAGAUGGUUACUUUACCACCUGUAUAGCUCCCAAAUUAGACUGCACAACUGAGUCUGUGCUCAGUUAUAAAAUAAUAAAAGAAAUAAAUGGCUGUGAAAGAACAGGUCUGGGGACAGAAAUCUCAGAGCUGUCUUUCAUGAGUUGUAUUUUUAUGCCCUACCUAACACUUGCCGCCAUUCAGUAUGAAUUAGUGAAAAGAGCAGAUAUGCUUCCAUAAUCUCAAAUACUAUUAUCAGAUAAUUGAGAAAAAUAUAUGUAUAUCAUGAGCUUGAGCAUCUGACUUGUCUAAAGAAUUAAUUCUAGUUCUAUAAAGUCUCCAUUCAGGAAAAUUAGCUUAAGAAAAAAAGUAGUUAUUGUUUCUAGGAUGAUGUCACAACUCUUUUGAAAGUAUCUUCCAGUUACAUUUUAACUACUUCUGGAUAUUCUACUUAAGUGCUAGUUAUAUAAUUGUCAGUGUGGCCUAAUUAAAGGACUGUGCCGCACUUACUAAAUACUAAUAUCUAUGUUGGUAUAGUAAUGCCAUUAAAAGAAAAAGAAACAAAUCCCAUGGAUCUACACCUGUGGUAGGAAGGGUAGAUCUUCCAUUGUAUGGUAACAUGCUGGGCAAAAUGACUGCAGGUUCAGUCAAGCUGUAUGAUGAGGUGCAUGUAUUCUAUUUUCACUAACUUAUACCUGUCUAUUUAGAAUACAGGUCUUCCAAGCAGCUGGUAGAUUACCAGGUGUGGACUUAAAAGUUGCUGGGCUUGCGAUAGGAAUUGCCAGCCCUCAUAGUGCGGGUCUAUGUGGGGCUUUAAUCAGUAAAUGCCUCCACAUUCUGUAUUACAGUAACAUUGGCUCAUGUAUAUUACUUCCUGCUGCUGAUGUAUUUUUCCAUUGUAAAACGAAGUUUUAGUGUGGAUUAACCAGGUCUUUAUUUUCUGUUAAUUUAAUAACAAGCAUUACUGUAGUGUGAUUGUGUAUAGAUAUCCCUUAGCUGUCAGGUUUUUUACUUUGGGGGGGGGAAGCAAACUUCAGGAAUAUCCUGUGCUGUGUGUGCAGGAGAGCAGAUGCCUAGUGCUGCUCUGGCAUUAAUCCCAGGAACCACUAGCAGUAGCGGGGUGCCGCCAACCUAACAUGAACACAGGUGCUUCAUGACAAACCUUACUAGCAUGUUCAGCUGCAUCAUGUUCUGGCACUGUAUUUUGAAUGACAUUAAUUUAUUAAAAAAGACUGAAUCCAAA